AUGAACCAUACCGAAAUAGUCCUCAAGGAGUGGCGGCGCCUUGAAGAUGCCGUCAAUCAGAGCAUAGAGAACGCUGCAUCGAUUUUGCUGACGGGCUGCAACUUGAGCGUUGCUGAUAUCUUGGCCGUCUCGAGAUACAACGCCCCUGUUGGUCUCAAUGCCUCCGCUCCGGCGCUGAUGCAAUAUAGCCUGAAUGUUCUUGGGGACAAGCUUAGGAGCGGGGAAAUUAUUUAUGGUGUAAAUACUGGCUUUGGAGGGUCUGCAGAUGUUCGAACCCGAGAAUUUGUCAAGCUCCAAAGGGCCUUGAUUAGGGAGUUUCAUUAUGGUGUACUACCGCCAGGUGACCGAGACCAUCGCCCACCCCCGCUGGAUACAUCUCUGGCAAGAUAUCAGUACGACGAUGUCGGCAACGAAUCUUCCCACAUGCCAUGGUCCUGGGCUCGGGCCGCCAUCCUUAUACGCAUCAAUUCUCUGAUUUCCGGAUGCUCAUCGGUCAGGCCCAUCAUCGUCGAGCGGAUGCGGGAUCUUCUGACGUACAACGUAAUCCCCAUGAUACCUAUGCGCGGCAGCAUCUCCGCAUCUGGUGACCUCAGCCCUCUUUCGUAUGUCUGCGGUGCCAUUCAGGGCAAGUCGACCAUCUGCGUCCGCUCCCACGACGGAGCUUGCAGGUAUGCUGACGAGGCCUUUGCCAAUUUCAACCUCGAGCCCAUUUCCGUUCAAGCCAAGGAGGGUCUCGCCAUGACAAACGGAACCGCCGUGUCGGCUGGCGUAGCUGCCCUGGCUGUUCAUGAUACUCACGUCCUGGCUGUGGCGGCGCAGAUGCUCACUGCCAUGACUGUCGAGGCCUUGAAAGGGACGACGGAGAGCUUCCAUCCUUUCUUUUCUGAAGUUCGACCACAUACAGGUCAGGUCGAGGCGGCAAGAAAUAUUAGGGGAUUUCUGCAAGACUCCAGGCUUACCCGGGCCAACAACGGAGAGGGUCACAACCUCCGUCAGGACAGAUACUCCAUCCGGACCGCACCACAGUGGCUAGGCCCUAUUCUCGAGGAUUUAGUUCUGGCACACCAGCAAAUCUCGAUUGAAUGUAGCUCGGUGACCGACAACCCCCUGAACACUUCAGGAGAGAUAAUCCAUGGCGGGAACUUCCAGGCCAAGGCAGUCACGUCGGCCAUGGAGAAGACGAGGCAGGGCGUCCAGGGAAUCGGCCGCAUGGCGUUUUCCCAAUGCACGGAGCUGAUAAACCCUGCCACCAACCGAGGUCUACCUCCGAACCUCGUGGCUGAAGAUCCGAGCAUUUCUCUGAUAUUCAAGGGUGCGGACAUACACAUUGCAUCGCUGGCUGCAGAGCUUGGGUUUCUCGCGGCACCUGUCAAUCAUGUCCAGACGGCCGAGAUGGGCAACCAGUCUCUCAACUCCCUAGCCCUUAUAUCUGCCCGCUACACCCACACUGCCAACGAAGUGCUCGCUCAACUGCUGGCCGUGCACCUCAUCACCGUCUGCCAAGCAUUAGACCUCCGGGCUAUGCACCAUCAGUUUAUGGAGGACUUCCGUCACCAUUUCUACCGACUCGUCACUCAGCACUACCCAACAGCCAUACAUCCCAAGGAGUCGCUGACAUCCGACCGUACGUCAAAGACAGGGGGACUAGCCAACUUGCUCUGGGCCCAAAUCCAAGUGGCCUUCGACUCCACGACCGGCCUGGACGCCGAAGAUCGCUUCGAGGCCAUUGCAAAGCUGCUACGACCCGUUCUGCUGGACCAAGCCACCCUCACCAAGGACCCCAAAUUUGUCACCGUCCUCGAGAGCUUCACCGCGACGCUCGCCCUCUCCCUGGACGAGGCGUGGUGUACGCACCGUGAUGUAUACCUGAUCCACGGCAACGCCGCCCCGCUGCUGGGCACGGCGAGCAGGAGAGUGUACCUGUUCUUGCGCAAGUCUCUGAGGGUGCCGCUGAUGGCGACUUGGAACCUCUCCACGCCCCGGACGGAAGAGCUGGAGGCUGGCACGGGAGUGCAUGGGAGACUAGCGCCGACGGUGGGGUCAUAUGUCAGCGUUGUGUAUCGGUCACUCAGAGAUGGGACCUUUGCCAAGCUUGCUAUGGAUAUACUGGGAAGUGUGUAG